CGGAGGGACUUGAUAGAAGGAAACGACAGCCAGUAAGAACCUCGGGCGGCUCACGUUCCAGCCAAUGAGAAGACCGGAGGACGGGACGUCGCGAGCGUAACCCGGACGAGCGGGGAAGUGAAGUGACUGCAGCCCGAGGCUGAGCAGUUCUUUGGUGUUUGCAAGAGGCGUCGGAGGCGAAGAUGUCGGAACGGAAGGUUUUGAACAAAUACUACCCCCCCGACUUCGACCCGUCGAAGAUCCCCAAGCUCAAGCUCCCCAAAGACAGACAGUACGUGGUGCGGCUGAUGGCCCCCUUCAACAUGAGGUGCAAGACAUGUGGCGAGUACAUCUACAAAGGCAAGAAGUUCAAUGCACGCAAGGAGACGGUGCAGAACGAGGUCUACCUGGGCCUUCCCAUCUUCCGUUUCUAUAUCAAGUGCACGCGGUGCCUGGCCGAGAUCACCUUCAAGACAGAUCCCGAGAACACGGACUACACGGUGGAGCAUGGAGCCACGCGCAACUUCCAGGCCGAGAAGCUCCUGGAGGAGGAGGAGAAGCGCGUCCAGAAGGAGAGAGAGGACGAGGAGCUCAACAACCCCAUGAAGGUGCUGGAGAACAGGACAAAGGACUCGAAGCUGGAGAUGGAGGUUCUGGAGAACCUGCAGGAGCUCAAGGACCUGAACCAGCGCCAGGCACACGUGGACUUCGAGGCCAUGCUGCGCCAGCAUCGCCUGUCAGAGGAGGCGCGGCAGAAGCAGGAGCAGGAGGAGGAUGAGCGCGAGGCGGCGUCCUUGGUGGAAGAAUCUCGGAAACGGAGGCUUCUGGAAGAUUCUGACUCGGAGGAAGACGCUCCUGCCCCGGCUCCCCGGCCCAACCCCACUGCCAUCCUGGAUGAGGCCCCCAAGGCCAAGCGGAAGGCAGAGACCUGGGAGCGGAGCGUGGGCACCCUCGGCGGCCGAUCCCAGCUGUCAGGACUGGUUGUGGUGAAGAAAGUGGACCUGGCUGGCACCCCUGCUCGGCCCCAGAAGGCAGCCACGACUGGUCCCGUGAAGAACAGGGAGGCCUCAGUAGCUGUGCCCCGGACACCCGCCGCCUCCUCCCUGAGCCAGCUGGGUGCAUAUUCUGACAGUGAGGAGGACAGUGGCAGCAACUGAGCCCCUCGUGCCCACAGGUGACCGUAGCUGCGCUCAGGAUCAACACAAGUGGCCUCCAGGGACUUGGGGUCCCCAGCCCCCACCUCUCCACAUAGACGCAGGAUCCAGGGCUCCAGCAGCCCCAGCACUGCUGUGUGGAGGCCUCAGGGCCUAUCCGUUUUCACCUCAGAGCCCCAGGAAUGACAGACAGAGCCCCGUGGCCAGAUGGCCUGGACCCUGAUUCAGGAGCAAGAAAGGGGACUCAUCCCACAGAGACACACCCUGCCAUGCUCCCGGACCUGGGUUCGAGCUCCCAGCACCACAAUGGAAUAGCUGCACAGGGAGGCUUCAUGAGUGCUGGAGCCAGGCUUUGGUGCCUCUCCUCUCUCUUUCUCUGCCCCUCCCCAUCUCUGGAAAGGAGAGAGUCUUCUGGGAGCAGUGGCAUGGCAGAGACACAAGAAAUAAAACAGCAUUUCAUAUCGUC